CUUUUCACCGCAUCGGGUCCUUAUAAAAAAUCAAGGCGAGAGAGAAAAUUACAGAAAGAUAGUAGGAUUCAGUCCGGCGCGGGAAAUGGCCACGACGAACGCAGAGGAUGCACAGACCAUGAUGGCUGAGCAAUGGCGAGAACUGCAGGUGGCCAAAGCCCUUGACUCCGACCUCGACGUCGCCUUCCGCCUCCAGAUGCAGGAGGCCAUGGCUGCCUCUCUCGUUCUUCGUCCCUCCUCUUCCUCGUCUCCCCUGUCACCGUUGCCCCCUUCGAUCGACGUAGACGUAGACGACGACGAUUUCUUGAGCUUAGCGGGGGUUCAGGCCGAGGAGAUAGCGAGGUUCGAGCAGGAACGCAGAGACCGCGAGUACGUCGAAGCCGUGAUGCGGGGCGCGGCGGACGAUCUCAGGCGUCGCACGCACGAUCAGAAGUUGGCCUCCGACAUCCUUCAGGUCCCCGAGGAAGAAUGGAGCAAUACUGGGGAUUAUUUCCGGAGGCCGUACGGCGAGGGUAGUUCGAGCGGGGGGGUGGAGAGCGAGGCGUGCUUCCGGCUGUACUUCAAAGGGCUGGUGAGUGAAGAAAUUGUCGGAGAAUCGACGGUAAUGAUUGCUGGGGUUGGGGUUGCGAUUUGCGAUCCGAAGGAUAAUCUGAUUUUCGAGCUGCGAAAGCCGUUGGCGGAAGAUGGACUGGGGCGAGAACUUGCAGAACUGGAAGCAUUGAUUGAAUGCCUCAAUACCGCUCUUAUAUUGGACUUGAAAAGAGUCCUUUUUCUCUGUGAUGACGACCUCACCUAUUUAUACGUUACAGGCAGAUGGCCACCAGCUCACGGAAAAAUUGCAGCUUUAGUCAAUCAGGUGGACCUUCUACAGAAAAAAUUUACAUAUUGCAACUCCUCCCUGGUGGCAAGGAAUCAUAUUAAAUUUGCAUAUAAACUUGCAAGAGUUGCUAUAACUUCUCAGCUCAUCUCCCCUGCAGAAUCUAGCCAUGCCAAGAAAUUGACAGAGACUUGCAAAAUUUGUUUUGAAGAUACUGAUGUUGGUCAGAUGAUUUCAGUUGACGGUUGCUUGCAUCGAUAUUGCAUUUCUUGUUUGAGAAAGCAUGUAGUAGUAAAACUAUACCAAGCAUUGGUGCCUAAUUGUCCUCAUGAAGGUUGUCGGUCUAUGCUACAUAUUGAUAGGUGCAGAAGAUUCUUGACACCUGAAUUAAUUGAGCUUAUGACCUUACGAAUAAAGGAAGCUUCCAUUCCUGCGACAGAGAAAGUUUAUUGCCCAUAUCCUCAGUGCUCUGCUUUAAUGUCCAGGAAUGAGGUCUUAGAACAUUCCAGGGAAAUUUUCAAUUCUCAUGACACUAAAGCCAGGAAAUGCAUCAAAUGUCGUAACCUUUUUUGUAUUAAUUGCAAAGUCCCUUGGCAUAACAGCAUGACCUGCAAUCUUUAUAGAAGGGAAAAUCCUUACCCUUGUGUCGAAGAUGUGAAGCUGAAGUCUCUGGCAACAACCAAGCUAUGGCGCCAGUGUGUUAAGUGCAACCAUAUGAUUGAACUUGCUGAAGGCUGCAACCACAUUUAUUGCAGAUGUGGAUAUGAGUUCUGCUAUACUUGUGGGGCUGAGUGGAAGAACAAAAAGGCAACAUGUCGCUGCCCACUAUGGGAGGAACACAAUAUUUUGUAUGCUGGAAAUGGACGUCAACAAAGACGAGGCUGAUAACUAGUUUGCAUCUUAACUGAAAUUUGCUCAGUUUUGCAUCACUGGAGUAAAUAUGUACGUACUGUAAAGGACUGAAUUUUUUUUUUUUUCUCUUAGCCACCAUCAUUCUU